GGUCAUUCGCUGAUAAAAUGACGACGACUACGACACUGUCUACUAUACGCGUACCGUCAGUUUCCGAGGCGUAGGCAUUAGUAGUAGUAUUAUCACCGUAAAUAUUUUCGAACACCGUUUCGAUUUUUUAAACAGCGACUCGGUCUCCCGCUGCUCUCGUAAAACAUCGCAGUCGCCCAGGAACCUCAGUCGAGUACCCGCCACGAUCUGCGUCGUUCCAAGACCAUGACGCGGCCCAGAACCGCGCGGAAGAGUUGCCUGUGAUUCCGAUUUUAUGAAAAAAAAAUAUGAAUUCAGAUUAUAAGUGGAGAGAGCAAACAACACAAGCAUCAUCAAGACUGAAUGGCCAAAAAAUAAGAGAUUCUGGUGAAAAUGAACCAAACAUUAAUAACUUUGUUCGCAAACAUCAACGCAAUCUAUCAUUACCCGUCAACAAUGUUUUUCAGUCAACAACGACAAAAGCUGAUACUGUAUCUUUAACUACAAUGUCUAAUUCUAAAGGCAACGGAGUAUCUUAUUCUAGUCCAGUUCACAACAAUUACCUAGAAUCCAAUGACUGUGAUGAUUCCUCUUCUAAUAGUGAUACUGGUAGUACAGGUACUUACAUUAUUGAAAGAAAUGAUACAUCUAAUGAUAACAAAUCUGAACAAUCACCCGAUUAUGACGGUAGUGUUGAUGAUUUUAAAAAGUCAAAUUCAAUGGUUAAGAAAUUACGGUCUAGUUGGGUCAAUGAAUGGCAUUCAAAAUUGAAUCAAAAUAAAUCAUCUCUUUCAAGCCCAAAACCUUUACUAAAAUCAGACAUCAAACCUAAUUCACCAAUUUUAAUGAAACAUAUGAGGAAAUCAAAUAUCCCGUUGCCAAAUGCAUCUAGUAUAAAAGACUUAAGUGAAAAUAGUGCUAAGAGUAUUAACAGUGAUGACGAUACCAGAUUAUUUUUAAAAGAUGCUGAGAACUGUGUUUCUAUGCUAGAAGCUAAAGUUGAAAAAACUGGUCACACUGCUAUUCAAUAUAAUCGAACUUUUAACUUGCGUCGUGAUAGAUUUGCAAAAUUGCAACAAGAUACAAAUAAAAAAAUUGUAGAUUCCAAGACUGUCAAUGAUAAAUCUAACUUAUACAAGCCUUCAAGCCAAAAUUUAAGUUCAUCUUUGUCGAGAGUUGACUGUGGACGUUAUAGUUUAAGAACAUCCAGAGUGCCUCAACCAAAUUCAUCACCAUUGUUGUCUGCUCGUAAAAAUUUAUCAUCAAAAAAAAAGUGGAACUCGAGUAUACUUUGCAACAAAGUUCAAACUCCAAAUAAAGAAACAGAAUUGGAAAAUUGGAAGCGACGUAAAAACUAUGACCCAUUAAAAGCGGCUGCUCAAGGAAAGAAAAAAGAUCAUCAAAAACCGUCAUCUUCCAAGGAAAAAAGUGUUGAAAACUCUGGUAAUCCGGUAUUGAGGUCAGCAUCUUUUCAUGGUCGAGACGGGUUUUCUCAAGAAGAUGAUAGUGAUGGUUGGGAACAAAAGAGUUUACAUUUCUAUGAUCAUGUUGAUGAUUGGCAUAAAUUACCACAACCGCCUGCUACAUCCAGAGAUCAUUCACCUCCACCAUCUAAAAACGAAAAUCUUUCUUCAUCAGCAAAUUCAUCACUGGCUAUGUUGCCUACUCUGAUAUCGGCACAUAAUGGCUCCCCUACAUUUUUGCAUAAAUCAUUGUCUGCAUUUAAUAGCUCUACAAGUUCUUCUCUUGAUGUCAGUUCAAUGCCAGAUGCUUUAUUUGACGACAAAGAUACCUUAGAUAUGGUUCAGUUAUCAUAUAAAGCCAAAAAACGUGGUAUUGAACUUAUGAAGAGAAUAAGAAAAGAGUUACCAGAAUAUGAUGAUAUAAUACUUACUAGGGGUAUUGCAAGUAUAGAUAUAAUGGAUGAUUCGUUACAUAUUCCAAUGAAAUCAUGGGGUAUGUCAGUCUCGGCAACCAAUAUUAACUGUGUUGAUAAUAUAUUCAGAAUACUUGAAAACAUUUUAUUCAGAGACAAUGAUAGCAGAGAAAAUAAUUCAGACAAUUAAUCUCCAAAUAUUUUGUUAAGUUAAGUUAUUGUUUGUUUGUUUGUUUUUUUUUUAUAUAUUAUAAAGUUAUAUUACUGCAAUGCCAAAUUUACCGUGUGAUAAAAUACAAUAGUGUAAUAUUA